CAGCAGUCGGCCGGAGCAGAGAAAGACUGUACAUACACACCCACCAAGUGUUUAUCGCCGCUUAAUCACUGAUACACACCGACACACACAUUAAUAAUGGGCAGCUAAUCAGCUCCGUGUGACUCAGCUCCGCUUUUUGAUUCCGAUUCAUGAGUGCCUCGGCUGCAGCAUCCCGCGCCCUCCGCUUGGCUUGAAAUGGGAUGAUAUGGGAUUUUUCAUGUCGACGAAGAUCGGAGGGAUUCUUGCCUUUGCCUUGGUGUUCCUGUCCCUGGGGGUGUCAGGAGACGUGGAUGUGAGGUGUGAGAACAUUUACAAGGACUUUUCUGAUUGUGUUCUGGAGCUGGGAGAGAGCAUGGACAACUAUCAGGAGAACGUGACCAGCGAGAGGGGAGUGGCGGCCGUGUGCAGCCACUGGGAAGCUUUCCACACAUGUGCCCUCACAGCGUUAUCCGACUGUCAGGAGGAAGUCAGCUCCAUCUGGGAGAAUCUGAGGCAGGACUCCAUGAAGAUGCGCUUCCAGGGAAGUCUGUUCGACCUGUGCAGCCCCAGCUCCUCGCCCCGCAUAAGUUCACCUCUUGCAGCCCUUACCCUGCCACUGAUAGGCGUGGUGAUCAUGACUGGGCCCGACUGGUUCCCUGUAUAAACGCUGGGUGGGGAGGAGCAAGCCCCCCCCCCCCCCCCCGCCGAGUUCUGUCCUCCUGAGUUCAAACUUAAAGCCAAGGAUUUAAGAGGAACAAAUGUUUUGCUAAGGAUUAUUUUGACUCAGAGCCAUGGAGGUCUGUGGUGAGCCAAUCAAUAUUUGCUGUGAUGAUUAAUGUUUGAAAUCUCCUCAAAUACUUCAGCUUGAUCCUCCAUUAUGUCGAGAAACAGAUAGAGUUGUUGAGGAAAAUACAUUGCCCCCAACUUAUCAGUUCAGUCAGUUCUAAAGUAAACACUGUAAGUAUUUGAGGGAUUUCAGAUACAGUGUGAGCAGUCUGCUGUCAGACACCUGUGGCUCUGGGUUGCCAGUACACAAGGAGUGGACACAAUAUCAUCAACACCUGUACAACCGGAUGCAAUGAAUUCUAUAUCUCAUGUUCAGUUUCGUGGAUUCAACUCUGACAUUAUUUUUAAAGCAGUAUCUGUGGCGUUGUACUGGUUUUCAUUAUAUUCAAGGUGUUAAUGUCUUGUUCCCACUCCCUGUACCAUGCAUUAAUGGGUUUAUCAUUAUAGUUAAAGGAAUAGUUCAACAUUUUGGAAGUACACUGAGGAGAUCUAUACCACUCUCAUGUCUGUACACUAAAUAGCAGCCAGGGUUUCUAUGAUAUCUUACGAAAUACAGUCAUUCUAUUUAAUUUCAAGGUUGCUGUUUUAAACACAUAGCUGACGUAAUGAAAUGGAACUACGUCGUUAAGUUUAGUCAAAAUAACUACUUGGUUAAGUUUUUUUAAAAGAUCAUGGUUUGGGUUAAAAUAACUACUACUGUACAUAUAUAUGUGACAUAGUUAGGUACAGAAUUAACUGACAUACUUAACUUAAUAUAAAGUAUUAAUAUAUAUAUUAAUAUAUAUAAAAUAACUUUGACUUUUGAUUUCAUAUGGGACACAAACAGCAUCUCCUUUGUGAAAGUCCUCUACUUUUUCAACACAUUCAUCAACCUCCUUAAAGCAGACUUUGUCACUCUUUAUACUAUAUUGCCUGACUUCUUUCUUUGCUCGUGUCAUAAUAAUGAUUGCCACUAGAGGUCAAAUAUCAGUUUUAAUAAGCUGCACCUCCUGGCUCAUGAUUACGUAGGUUAUCCAUAAAUUAUAGGGCAUUACUUUCAGUAGCGAUAAGUAUCAACAGAACAGCCUAAGAUACUGCUAGCAGCUUAAUUUAGCGCACAGCUCCCAUGGUCGCUCCCACCAAGUAAUAGUUUGAAAUAUCACCAGAAUCGGAAAUUUCUACACUUUUGCAGUGAUUAAACAAAUAAAAUGUUUAUUAGCAAACUUUAGACACACUGGGAGCCAGAUUUUGUCACCUAUGAAUGCUGCUAGGCUAGCUGUUUCCUUGUCUUUUAGCUAAGCCAAGCUAACUAGCUCCGGGCAUGAGAGUGGUAUUGAUGUUCACAUCUAUAUAUGAUUAUAUGUAUGUCACAUCCACUACUUAUGAAUAACAUAUUUCUGAAAAAAUGGAACUGUUCCUUUAAUUAAGAGCUAAUGUGUAUAUUAGACACCAAAAUACAUAUUUUAAUCUCCAGUGAGUUUGUAUGAAUACAGCGAAGCCAUCGUGAUGUAAUUAGCUGUCACCUUGCAAGAAAACAUUUAAAGGAGCACUUCACCGAAUACAACAGCAAUAUCUUAGCAAAUCUUUGCUCUCAGCCAUUAAAAACAAAUUGAAUAAUGAUCAGUGAAAGGACCAAACCUAAAGACGGAUUUCUGACGGAUUUAAAGAUGAAAACUUUACAAUGUUCAGAUGUCCUACAGGUGAAAUGCCCUUUUAAUCUGUUUCCAAGUGUAGUAAAUGUUUGUGUAAGUGACAAUCAAGCCACUUGUAAAACACUUUUAACCCUUUUCCACUCCAACACUUCAGCCCACUGUGGCUGAUGUUGCACGGCUGCUAUAAAGACACCAAAAACACACAUCUUGACACGACAUCACACCUUCACCUCUCCUCUCUUUCUCUCUCGGAGGCUCGCCCCACACUUUGGUUCGGUCUUAAUCUCGAUCAAACUUCUGACCUGUUGAUGUUUGUGAAAAAAGAAAAUCUGAAGUGUGAAUGUUCAGUGUUGUUUCACAAAUUCCUGCUCGACCUGGUGGGAAAACUUAACUAACACAACAUUACUUAAACAUUGUUUUAAAGUACUCUUAGUAGUGCAUAAAUAUAGUAUAUUGUACAGUAUGCUGAUAGACUGCACAGGGGUGGACUCUCAAAGAAGUUCAUACAAUAAUGAGCCCUGACGUAUAAUAUAUGUCCCUCAAAUAAUCAUAUUUUAAUGCCUGAAUACUCAUGCACAGUAUUUAUUUCACUUUGAAAGACCUAUAAUUAAUCUCUAAUGAAGGCAAAUUAUAUGCAAUAGCAAAACAAUAGUUUAUUUUUGUAAAAUCUCUAUAAAACCAAUGAAAGAUCGGCCCAUUCAAGUACUGGAAAAUUAUGAUAUCAAACAAAAUAGUGCUGCGCCAUUUAUCUGUUUCAUGCUUUUAAUCGACUAACCUAAUUUUAAGCUUCAAAAGCAGCCAAGAACAACUGUAGCGAGUCUCACCAGAAAUAAUCUAAUGGGUGUUACAGUUUCUAACAAUACAAUUAGUAUUUGACAUGUUUAGCCAAUAAACCAUGUGAGAGAUCAUUUAUUGUUUUGUUAUUAUGAAAUUAGUAGUUAUAUUUCCUUCUUAGAUGUUUUUACUGCAGCACUGAUCCCCUAGAAUCAGGUGAAAGUGAAAAUUAAUGAGCAAAAGCAUAAUUUUUUUCCCCCCCAAACUGAGUCCCUAUUUGCAUAUUUCCUUUAAUUCUGCUGGUCCUCACAGGCCUUAUCAAAAAUAUGGAUGAGCUCCUGAUAUUUUCCUUCAUCUCUCUGAUCCCAAAUGCAUGAUACUUUUAGUGCUUCAGGAUAAUGAACAGUCUGUUGAUUUUUACCUUGGACAACAUGUACAGUGGUAUUGAUCUGUGCAUGAAGUUAGGCUAUAGUUCCUACAGUAGGUGUAUCAGCAUCCUUUUUAUGAAGACUCAUUACUUCACCUUCUUUAGCAUGUUUGUUCUAGUAGUUUCUAUUUAUUUCAUGUGUCACAUCAUCCAUUGUGUGUCUGGUGGUGAGAAUACAAAAACAGUUGUGAUGUCCUCAAAGCAUGAGCAAUAUGUACGGUCACUUUUUAAAGAGAGGACUCUUAUCCCUUUGUAUGCAAUUGAAGAAAGCAUGAACGUGACUGUGUGGUCAUUAUAUCAUAAGAUACAAACUCUAAUGACAGUUUAAACAUGGAGAACUUCUGAAUGUAAAAACAAGUUCAGUAUCCAUGUGGUUUUCCCCCCAGUUUACUGAUAGAAAAGCACACUAUUUACACGACUGUAUAAAGCAAUAUAUGGCAAAGUAAUGUGUUUGUAAUAAUAAAGCACCAUGUUUAAAACA